UUAUAGCUUCACUCGCUGGCUGAUAACAGGUGUUAUUCUCCCUUAAACUGAAGAGAAGAAACAAAUUCUUUUUCAGAAUAAAAAAAAUGGUGCAUUUGGCCUGAUCAUCUCUAAUUGAAGCUUUGACGCAAGAAAUCAGGACUCGGAUAUUUUUCGUCACAGAACCAGCUCAGCAAUAUUUGCGACUCUUUUCCUUUUUUCAUAAAAAUAAUUUUCAAAUGACAAGACAAGGAAAGCUCAACACAGGAACAUAUUACCAUGAACGUGAGGUUUUAAAAUUAGAUAUAAAACAUUCUACAAAAAUUGCAGUUGUAUUGAUUAUUUAAUGGUCCCCGGGAAAGGAGUCUCAAUCAUUUGCUUCUCAUUGCCGUUUGUUUUCUUCGCAUCUAACUGAAAAUCUGUGGUGGGACUAUCUUUACGACGUGGCGCCUUGUCUGUGUUUCAUUUUCAUCUUCUACGGAGUAUUAUUGAUUGGGGUCAAGAGACGUAUCUCACCAAAAUAAGGUUCUUCAAUGACUGCGUACAUCAGGCGGUGAAAGAACAAAGUGUUCUGAUUUCUCACAAGGUACUCCAAAUUGACAUUUUCCACAGGCAUUCCAGAGAGCCUUUAUUUUACAUUUUCGAAUAUCGAAAAAAAAAGCUGAGAGAUGUAAACAACAAACUUGAGAAGUUGAGAAUGCAUAUCUGUGCGAUCUCGUGACUAUUCUCAUAUCGCUGUUUCGACACGUCAUUCAUACUGAACGUUUCUAAAUUAAUAGUGGUUUCUUUCAACUUCAUUUUGCCAUAUUUACCCAAGGACGAUAUCCAGCUGCAAGGAAGAUAACUAAAUCUAAAUAGUCCUACAGGUCCAUGUCUUUGUACAGUUGGGGUUAUAUUUGUGGAUAAUCUUUAAAUAUUGAAUAAAUGGCUUCAUCGCGUGUUUACCAAUAGUAUAAGAAUAAUAUCAACAUGAUCAAUAACGAGCUAGAGAUCAUUUUCUGAAUUGGAACGCGAGCCUAAUUUCGUUCCGUUGAAUCUUCCUGAUGGACAACUUGAGUCAUUCCUGUAAUCUGAACAGACUUGCUAUCCUCUGAUAUCCGCCGCCAAAUUCAUUCCCAAUUCUCUUGCAGAAUGGACUUGAUUAGAAUCUGGAUUAAAUUCUUUCCGCAACGUAUCACUGCUAUCCCUCAUCCCAUUUUGUCGCAGAUGGUAACUCGAUUCAGGUAAAUGCACUCUCUCACCAUAAAUAUAAAUUGACAACAAAGCUCUAUACUACUCGAAAAUCACCUAUUUUGAUAUAGUAACAUUGUAUUACAAUAUCUCACACAACGCAGUGUGUGUGAGUUCGACUGAUUGAUAAUUAUCUGAAGAUUACGAAAUGGCGUACAAUAUUAGCGAUUCGGAUAUGGGUUCAUCCCCUUCUGUUUUAUUAAUUUUUGAACUAUUGAUAAUGAGCAUUAUAAACCUAGCUGCAAUCAUUGCUAACACACUUGUGUUAGUAAUCUUGAUUAAGACGCCCGCCCUUCAUACCCUCACACACCUCUUUGUAGGUAAUCUAUGCACCUUGGAUCUCCUUUGUUCGAUUACCGUUAUUCCAUUCUCAAUUGCAUCCUAUGCUAUGGGAGAAUGGCACCUUGGUCAGGUAUACUGUGAAAUCAACGGCUUCAGUAACACUUUCUUUGCCAUUGCCUCCAUACUGACUUUAAGUGUGAUCAGUGUUGAGCGGUAUUACUCCAUUGCCCACCCAAUGUCCUAUGCAACAAAGAUGACAAUGAAUAAGACAAUCCUACUGAUUAUUUAUAUCUGGGUACAGUCUGCUGUACUCUCCGUUCCGCCCUUGAUUGGUCUGAACUCUUAUGACUUCAACGCUAACAGAGGACAUUGUACAUUUGUGUGGGAGAAAUCUGUAAGACAUAUUAUUUACGUGGUAAUGUUGGCAUUAUUAUGUUUCAUUAUUCCUGGUUUAAUAGUAAUUGUAACUUACAUCAAUGUGUUUCAGAUAGCCCGAGAAGCGGCACGACAGGUGUGCCCGGCACCAUCAGUUGAGAACUAUGGUUCGACAACCAGGAGAGAUGUAGCCUCGGUUAGUCAAACAAGGGGAGGUGGUUCCAAAUCUAAUGACAAAGGGGAUGUUACCCCUACGUCACCGGGGAAAAAUUGCUUCUCAGUAAAGAGAUUGAGAAAAAAAUCAAAGCAUUCAGAGUCGUCGCAAAGUGGAGAUCUAAAAGCUGCAAAGACAAUUCUCUUGAUCGUCGGUGCAUUCUUUUUACUCUGGACGCCAUUCUUCGUUCUUCAUAUGUUUGGAGUAAUUCAUGGUGUCUUUCGUCACCAAGAUUCCUGGGAGCGGAUCACUACAUGGUUUGCCUACUCUUCCUGUGUAGUCAAUCCUUUUCUUUACGGCAUGCUUAAUCGCCACAUCCGCGAAGAGCUAUCUCGAAUAUGGGAGGUUUGUUCCAAUUUCAUACUGCGAAAGAAACCGCAGGAUGAAGAUGACUUCCCAGGUGGUGCUGAAGACUUCUUCCAAUUCUUAGAACGUACCACCACCACAACAACCACUGGAAGCUCUCGUACCACUGGAGCUAAGAUAGCAGAGCUAGAAGCACAUAGGAUUCCUGGACAGAUCGAUGAAAUAUCUGAAGGCUAGAUAGACCAACGAAUUUACAAUAUAAAACUUUGACAUUUUUGAAAAUGUUCUGUGCAUUACGAAAUAUUUAUGUUUAACUUUCGCUUCAUGUUUUUGAAAAUGCAAAAAAAAAAAAACAAUUGGUUUGUUUGUUGUCUGUUUAGUUCCAAUAAGUUGUAUAUUAUCUGACAUGGUAUAUUCUUGCCUGUUUUACCACGGGACUCGAUCACUACCCCAGCAUCACACACUUGACUUGGGAUGUUACCAUAGAACUCUACAAGAAGCAAUACAAUACGAACCAAUUUAAGUUGUAUAAGGUGAACAGACUCUCGUCUAAAAUCAAUCUAAAAAGAUCAAACAUUUAUCAUAUGAUACAACAUAGCAUGAGCCACAACUGACUCCAUUUCAGUUGAAACUAUCAAAAUUUUCAUCCGAAUCAUCUGGUCACUUAAUUGAUUGUUUAUCAGUUGUUUGUACCCAUAUAGCCCAGUCAAAUAAUUUUAUUGUAAUUUCGUCACUUUGAGUAGCACGUCAAUUUUGACUGGAGCAGUACUAGUCACUCAAAUAAAUAUGAACAUAUUCGCCUUUAUUCUCUGCAUGGUCAGCUCAUAUUGAUGGGAUUGUUUGAAGAACUUAUUUCGGUGUUUAGUCUUCCAGUACUGAUGCCAUGUAGGUCGAAAGAAUAAGCGCCAGUGUCGAACCUAAUUUCAUUUGUAUACUUAUGCGAUUGGUUGAUCAAUUAAGGAUGCAGCAUAUUUCUAUUCGUUAUUAUUUAAAUCCCACUUUUUCUAGGUGUAGAUAUACAAAUGUGCAAGUUACUAUGGCUACAAUUUAUUUAUUUCAUGAUCUCCGAGUUUUUUCUUCUGCACUGUUAUAAAUAAUUUAAACAACACUGUUUACUAUGUGAAUCGCACUGUAGUUGUUUAUAUAUUUCAAACAAGAGCUUAAAAUCUUAAACAACAAAGUUUAAAUUCAAAUAUUUGAUUAUCAAUAAUUUGAGCAUGGUUGUUUAAGAUUUAAAACACUUGUUUAAACUGUUUAAACAACUACUUUGCGAUUCACAUGGUAAACAGCGCUUAUUAAAUGAUUUUAGCAGUGUGGUAUGCGAGCCUGAAGAAAAAUGGUUCUGAAAAUACUUCAUGGUACAAAAAUCUUGACAAAAUAGAUUUUAUCAAUUCACUUAAAAAACUGAAAAUGACUCAAGGUCACAUACGUGACUAAAUGCUUAUAACAAUUUUUUUUCUGUAAAACUUGCUUUCUCUUCGUGUAAACACUCGAAUACAUAUAUAUUCGAAUAAAUUGGUGAAUAUUUUAUAUAUACCGACAACAUACUGUAAUCGCAAAAAGGAAGAGAAGAUUGAUUGUUGUCAUAUCAUUUACUUUAAUUUAGAAUGAGUAUUUUGAUUUGCACAGUAGGUUUUCGUUCACAAUGAAGACUGAAACGCAAUUUAUUCUCUGGAUGAAGGACAAUACAAUGCUUUCAUUCAUCUCAAGGCUCCAUUGAUUCUGUUAGCAUGAUCAGUGAAUAAGGAAUAUUAUAAUAACGAAUGAAGUAUUGGGAAUGAGGAAAGGACAGCUGUAGCCUGUAUGCUUGAACAGAUUCCAUAACAUUGCCAUAUUAAGCAGGGCCCUGGGAGAACAGGUUUCGGAACUGAAGUGGCUACCCUGGUAAAAUAUGAUGUUAUUAUUGAUGUUAUUAUUAUCAUUAUUAUCAUUAUUGUUGUUGUUAUUAUCACAUUCUAUUUAAAUGCAUAAUGUUAUUCGUACAUCAUGCGAAACGUAAUGCAGGACUUUACUUUCCUGGGUGCCAAAUCAGAUUCUAAAUAUGAAAUCUAAUCUUUGCAGAUGGAAACUUUUGUUGAUAAUAUUUUAGGCAUCUGAAUGCAAAAAUUACAAUUUGUCAAAGUUUUAUAACAUUUAUAGGAGAUUCACCCCCUGUUAUAACAGGGGAAUAUUGGGUAAAUUAGAGACCUUAAUUUUAUGUGGAAAAGGAACUCCUGAAGAACACGGAAUUUCACGGAAACGCAAUGUUCUAACCAAAAGAAAAAUGAUAAAACUUACGAAAAAUACAGAGAAAACCAUGAAUAUCAAUGCAAAUCUGUCAUAAGUGCAAAAUCAAACCUUUAUGCAGAUUUCAGCAUGUGUUUGCCAAUUUCCGGCAUAACUAUAACGAUUUUCACAAUUUAUAAUUUUCUAAUCGAAGUUUUGUAGUGACGGAAUGUGAUGUUAAAAAUAACCGAAGAACAUUUAUUUAAUAGUGAGCAAACCGGGGAAGUAUAUGUUAUCUAUGGAAUACCAAUCAGAAGAACGAGUCACCAUUCGUGUGUAAAGUCGUUUUUACUUAUAAGAAUUAUAUGAAACAGCUUUAAUAUGCAUCACAGAGCAACUUGGGUCCAUGAUUGUGUCAUCUGCUGAAAAAAUAACCACAAUUGUAAGUUCUGUUUACUUUUCCUGUAUUGUCACAUUUUUUCGUAUCAUACAAUGAAAGUGAAACAAUAACUAGUACGUCAUAUCACCUUUAACCAUUGUUUGCUCUAAGUCAUAUUGAGUUCAAUUAAAUUGAUACAUCUUUUAUCAAUCCUUGUUUAUACAAUUGAUUUUCAACUGCAGUCGCAACAAAAGGUUUGAUUUAAUAAAACGAGUUAUGAUUUAAAUGUUACAUUGUAAUACAAAAGUAUAUACAAAUGAAAAUGUUUCACAAUGGAAAAUGUAAUUUCAAAAGGAAAAUGUAAUUUCCCUUUUAGAUACCUUGAUAUAAAGCAUUACAACAUGUACAAGAAGGUUUAUUCACCUUAUAUUAACAGUAAGUCACCAUGCCAUCAUUUAGAGAAUUUCAACAAAAAUAUGCAAACAGAAUGUGAACGGUAUUAUGAAAAUAUUAUAUUUUCUCAUUUACAAGAAGACAAAUAUGUUAUGUCAUCAUCAUAUUUAUAGAUGAACUGUGGAUUUUUUUUAAUAUUAAAACUUUGCUCUGUGUUAUCCCUUUCACAAUGCAGAAUAUGAAAUAAAUUGUGAUUUUAUUCUUCAUUUCAAGAGAGAUAAAUACUUACAUUGUAUACUUCAAACUCUAAAGUAGGUCACAGCAUCAUAAGAUUUAAUUCUACCGACCAUAUCAUUCAAUGUCCAAUAAUGAUCAAUGGCAAUAUGGUAUUCAUCAGUAUGAAAUGCAAGCACUGGCGUAAAUCCGUGUUGAUGGGUGGGGGGGAUGACUGAAAUAUUUUGGCAUUUUUUUGCAAUCAUGUUUUUAGAUAUGCAAGGAAUUGUCAUUGAUAUGUCCACAGUGGCGACCGUGGGU